CCUCUGCCUGCACAGGAUGAGAUGGUGGGCAUGUUAGAAUUGCUCGCCCCGUGUGUAGAAACACCUCGUCUGUAGCUUCUCUCCUCCAGGAUUCACAACGUCCCCAUGCCCCGAACCACCGUCAGGGAUGGCCCCUGUCUCCUGUCCGCCUACUUGGAAGAACUGGAGGCUAUGGAGCUGAAGAAGUUCAAGUUAUACCUGGGGACAGCGACAGAAAUGGGGGAGGGCAGAAUUCCCUGGGGGCGUAUGGAGAUGGCUGGUCCCCUGGAAAUGGCCCAGCUGCUGGUGGCCCAUUGUGGGAGAAGGGAGGCCUGGCUGCUGGCUCUAAGCAUCUUUGAUCGGAUCAACAGGAAGGACCUGUGGGAGAGAGGACAGAGAGAGGACCUGGUGAGGGGUACUCCACCAGGUGGCCUCUCCUCACUGGGGAGCCAGUCAACAUAUUCUCUGGAAGUCUUUCCUGGAACUCCAAGAAAAGAUCCCCGGGAAACCUACAGAGACUAUGUCCGCAGAAAGUUUCGGCUGAUGGAGGACCGCAAUGCACGCCUAGGGGAAUGCGUCAAUCUCAGCCACCGGUACACCCGGCUCCUCCUGGUGAAGGAACACUCAAAUCACAUGUGGGCUCAGCAGAAGCUUUUAGACACGGGCCGGGGACACGCGAGAACCGUAGACCACCAGGCCAGCUUCAUCCAGAUGGAGACCCUCUUCGAGCCAGACGAGGAGCGCCCUGAGUCUCCGCGCACAGUGGUCCUGCAGGGGGCAGCCGGGAUGGGCAAAUCCAUGCUGGCCCACAAGGUGAUGCUGGACUGGGCUGACGGGAGGCUCUUCCAAGGCAAGUUUGAUUAUCUCUUCUACAUCAACUGCAGGGAGAUGAACCAGAGUGCCUCAGAGCGGAGCGCCCAAGACCUCAUCUCCAGCUGCUGGCCUGAGCCCAGCGCACCGCUCCAGGAGCUUGUCAGAGUUCCUGAGCGCCUCCUUUUCAUCAUUGAUGGCUUUGACGAGCUCAAGCCCUCUUUCCACGACCCUCAGGGCUCUUGGUGCCUCUCCUGGGAGGAGAAACGGCCCACAGAGCUUCUCCUUAGCAGCCUAAUUCGGAAGAAGCUGCUGCCUGAGCUGUCUCUGCUCAUCACUACCAGGCCCACGGCUUUGGAAAAGCUGCACCGCUUGCUUGAGCAUCCCAGGCACGUGGAGAUCCUGGGCUUUUCUGAAGCAGAAAGAAAGGAGUACUUCUACAAGUAUUUCCACAACGCAGAGCAGGCCGGCCAAGUCUUCAACUUCGUGAGAGACAAUGAACCCCUCUUCACUCUGUGCUUUGUCCCUUUGGUGUGCUGGGUCGUCUGCACCUGCCUCAAGCAGCAGCUGGAGGAUGGAGGGCUUUUAAGACAGACGUCCAGGACCACGACUGCAGUGUACAUGCUCUACCUCCUGAGUCUGAUGCAACCCAAGCCAGGGUCCCCAACCCUCCAGCCCCCACCCAACCAGAGAGGGCUGUGCUCUUUGGCUGCAGAUGGACUCUGGAAUCAGAAAAUCCUAUUUGAGGAGCAGGACCUCCGGAAGCAUGGCCUGGAUGGGGCAGAUGUCUCUUCCUUCCUCAACAUGAACAUCUUCCAGAAGGACAUCAACUGUGAAAAGUUCUACAGCUUCAUCCACCUGAGUUUCCAGGAAUUCUUUGCAGCCAUGUACUAUAUCCUGGAUGGUGGGGAGAGUGGGUCCAGUCCAGACCAGAACCUGAUGAGGCUAUUGACUGAGUACGGGUUUUCGGAAAGGAGCUUCCUGGCAUUCACAGUCCGUUUCCUGUUUGGACUCCUCAAUGAGGACACGAGAAGCUACCUGGAGAAGAGGCUUUGCUGGAAGGUCUCGCCUCACGUCAAGGUGGAACUGUUGGACUGGAUCCAAAGCAAAGCUCAGAGUGAGGGCUCUACCCUGCAGCAGGGCGCCUUGGAGUUCCUCAGCUGUCUGUACGAGAUCCAGGAGCAAGAUUUCAUCCAGCAGGCCCUGAGUCACUUCCAAGUGGUCGUGGUCAGCAAUAUCACCACCAAGAUGGAGCACAUGGUCUCCUCCUUCUGUAUGAAGAACUGCAGGAGCAUCGUGGUGCUGCACUUGUAUGGGGCUGCCUACAGCGCUGACGAGGAAGACGGGGUGAGAUGGACUUCAGGACCCCGGACGCUACUGACACACUCACCCGAGAGGAAUGUUUUGCCAGACGCCUACAGUGAACAGCUUGCCAUGGCUCUGAGCACCAAUCCGAAUCUGAUAGAGCUGGCUUUGUACUGCAAUGCCCUGGGAAGCCGGGGGGUGAAGCUGCUGUGUCAAGGACUCAGACAUUCCAACUGCAAACUUCAGAAACUGAGACUGAAGAGGUGUCGGGUUUCCAGCUCUGCCUGCCAGGACCUCACAGCUGUUCUAAUGGCCAAUAGGAAUUUAAUGAGGAUGGACCUAAGCAGCAAUGACCUCGGGCUGCCAGGCAUGCAGCUGCUUUGUGAGGGGCUCCGGCACCCCAAAUGCAGGCUGCAGAUGGUCCAGUUGAGGAAUUGUCAUCUGGAAGCCGGGGCUUGCCAGGAGCUGGCCUCCGUGCUCAGCGUCAACCAACACCUGUUGGAGCUGGAUCUGACAGGAAAUGCGCUGGAGGACUUGGGUCUGAGGCUGUUGUGUCAAGGCUUGAGGCACUCAGUCUGUAGGCUGCAAGUCUUGUGGUUGAAGAUUUGUCACCUCACGGCUGCUGCCUGUGAAGACCUGGCCUCGACCCUCUGUGUGAACCAGAGCCUGAUGGAACUGGACCUAAGCCUGAAUGACCUGGGGGACCCUGGGGUGCUGCUGCUGUGUAAGGGCCUCAGGCACCCCCAGUGCAAACUCCAGACCCUUCGGCUGGACAGCUGUGGCAUCACUGCCAAAGCUUGCGAGGGUCUUUCUUUCACCCUGGGGGUCAACCAGACACUGAAAGAGCUUUAUCUGACCAACAAUGCCCUGGGCAACACUGGCGUUAGGCUGCUGUGCAAUCGGCUCAGUCACCCUGGCUGCAAACUUCGGGUCCUCUGGUUAUUUGGAAUGGACCUGAAUAAAGUGACCCACAGGAGACUGGCAGCUCUCCGCGUAACAAAACCUUACCUGGACAUUGGCUGCUGACGGUUCUGUCUGCUGCUCCUUCUAAGUCAGGACAGAGGAAGAACAUCCCAGGACCCACUAAUCAACAUGAUCAGGCUCUAUUUCCUCAAGAGACAAACUCAUAGGCAGAAGUCCUUUUUAAGGUCUCUAUAAUCCACGCGUGAUGGAGUUUGAGGCUCUAGUUUUGGGCAUGUUGGUGCCAUGGAGAGAAUUUGGGGCAGGAACAGAUUCUAGAGCAGAGGCUUUCAGCCAGGGGGGCACUGGCAAUGUCAGACGUGGGAGUAGGGGACACGAGGGAAGCCAGGGAUCCUGCUAAAUAAACAUCCCACCAUACACGAGAGCCCCUACAACAAAGUAUUUAACUGAAAAUGUCACUAGUAGCGAAGUUGAGAAACCCUCUUCUCAAAGAGUAAUGGUGCUACUAAGUACGAGUAAGUGUACUAGAAACCUUGGAAGGCUAGUGAGGCCAACAGCUCCACCACCAACUCUUGCGAUCUUCUGCCUCCUAACUGGAGCUCAUCAAACCAUGACUGGACACCUGCCACAAUUAUGCUGGCCAGUAACCUACACCAGGAUUGGGAUGAAAACAUGAAGGAAACCAGCCAGAAUUUCACUACAGGGGACCUUAACUAGGGAACUUAAGACUGUUGGAAAACCUCACAAGAGUGGCAUGAGUACAUCAUGCUGAACCCAUUAACUGAAGGCAUCUAGAAAGACCAGAA